UAUAGGAAGAACUUUUUCUUGUGAUCUUGUUCUAUAUAACUCGUGUUGUUGAUCAUCUUGUUGUCUAACAUCUGUUUCAUGAACGUUGCUUUGCAUAGAAAAACUGAGAGAGAUGAUGGGUAAGGAGGAAGCAACACCGCUUCUAAGAAAGAGUGAGGUGGCACCAUUAGAGGAUGAUGAUGCAUUUUGUGUAGAGCUUAAAAGGGUAGGCUCCAUGGCAGCUCCAAUGGUGGCUGCGAAUAUGUGUCAGUACCUUCUACAAGUUGUGUCACUGAUGAUGGUGGGACAUCUUGGUGUACUUGUCUCCUUCUCUGGGGUUGCAAUUGCCACUUCUUUUGCUGAAGUUACAGGCUUUUGUGUUCUUAUGGGAAUGGCUGGUGCAUUGGAAACUUUAUGUGGCCAAACCUAUGGUGCAGAAGAAUUUUCAGAGAUUGGAAACUACACUUUUUGUGCAAUUGUGACUUUGCUUUUGGUUUGUCUCCCCAUAUCUAUGCUGUGGAUAUUCGUGGAUAAAAUACUAUUGUUGUUUGGUCAAGACCCUGAAAUUUCUCAUGUAGCUCAUGAGUACUGCAUAUACUCCAUCCCUGCAUUGUAUGGCUUUGCUGUUCUUCAAUGUCAGAUUCGCUACUUCCAGACUCAGAGUAUGAUCUUUCCCAUGGUUUUCAGCUCAAUUGCGGUUCUGUGUUUGCAUGUUCCUAUUUGUUGGGCUUUGGUAUUCAAAUUAGCCCUAGGACAUGUUGGAGCAGCAUAUGCUAUUGGAAUUUCAUAUUGGUUAAAUGUCAUUGGGCUUGGAAUUUAUAUGAAUUUUUCUCCAGCAUGUGAGAAAACCAAAAUUGUGUUUUCUUUUAAUGCUUUAUUAAGCAUUCCAGAGUUCUGCCAAUUUGCUAUUCCUUCUGGACUGAUGUUUUGUUUUGAAAUGUGGUCGUUUGAGCUACUUACAUUAUUUGCUGGGCUUUUACCUAAUCCACAACUUCAAACCUCAGUUCUUUCUGUCUGCCUUAACACAACCACAUUGCACUACAUCAUUCCAUAUGCUGUUGGAGCUUCUGCAAGUACUCGCAUUUCGAAUGAAUUAGGAGCAGGGAAUCCAAAGGCAGCUCAAGGUAUUGUUCGUGUUAUUGUGAUUAUUGGAAUUGUUGAUGGGGUUAUUGUCAGCAUUUUCUUCGUUUGUUGUAGGCAUAUAUUAGGAUAUGCUUAUAGCAACGACAAGGAAGUUGUAGAUUAUGUUUCAGAUAUUGUUCCCAUUCUUUGUGGGUCUUUUACUGCAGAUAGUCUAAUAGGAGCUCUUUCUGGGAUUGCAAGAGGUGGAGGAUUUCAGCAAAUAGGAGCUUAUGUGAACCUUGGAGCCUAUUAUCUUGUGGGAGUUCCUUUAGCAUUCUUAUUGGGUUUUGUCCUACAUUUCAAUGCCAAGGGACUAUGGAUGGGAAGUCUUACAGGAUCUGUUCUACAAGUGAUUAUUCUGACUGUUGUAACAGUGUUAACAGAUUGGCAGAAAGAGGCAACAAAAGCAAGGGUGAGAAUAGUUGAGAAGUCAAUUAAAGCUCAUAAUGGUUCAGUCUGAAAUUUUAAAUUUUGCAAUUAUAGUAGAAGAAUAAAAGAGUGGAAGAAAAAGGAAGUAAUGACUAAUUUUCUGUCAGAUUCUGGUUUUGCUAUUAUUUCUAUUUUGGUGAAGUAAACAGAUAAAAGUUAUUAUGUCUAUGUAUAAUGUUGUGGAAUGCAAAGUGGUGGGAGCCUCUAUGGUUUUGCAGAUUCAAUGCAAUUUAAUAGUAUCGAGGUGGAAGAA